AUGAUGUCGAUGUUUUAUAAUCUGCAAAUGCAGAAAACUUGUGUGAUAGCGUGCGAUUUGAACUGCUCAAAGAGUUGCUCUGUGUCCGCAGGGACGACUGCAUGCAUUCUACAUCCGAAGGCGAGGAUCUAUCAGCGUGGUGAAAAGGCAUUCUGUAACUUUACAAGUACACCCUAUCCAGCUUAUAAAGCAGCUGCUUUUGGUCCUCAAGGUGUACUGUUUACGAUGUCACAUUUGGCUGAAGCUUAUCUGGUGUCAAGCACGGCAGUUCCAGGAACCUCAUCCGUUCCGUUAGGAGAGCUGCAGUUCCCAAGUCUUAAUUAUGAUUUUACAGUGGCCGUUUUCUAUGGAGAGUCACAAAAUGGACCUGAGUAUACAGAGCGAUGCAAUGAAAUUGUGCGGAAAGCACGUCACGCUAUACGAGAUGAUGGUUCGCUAACAAUUACUAUUGACGGUGUUUUUAUCAAACAAACGAAUAACGGUGAUGUUGAGGUGAAUGUCCGUCCAAGACAUAUUUGCUGCUCACCGUCGAGCUCAGUUAUUCGUAUUCGUACGGAUUAUGUAGAUAUGGCUGUUCAGGAAGACGAGAAAGCAUACGUGAAACACGGCAAUAAACACGUUCACGUCAGCCGUUCGGGCAUGGUUGCGUCUGAUGGUGGCUACAUCACAUCAAUGGAUCAUACUGGACAUAUUGUUUCGUCAUCAUGA